AUGGCCUAUCGAGACCCGUACGCUGCGCAGUACGGCCGGUACGAGCACGACGCCCAGUACACCCAGCCCGACUUCAAUCCUUACGGCCAUCAGCAACCAUGCUACUUACGACGAGGAGAUGAACCUACAGACGCCCGUGGGCCGCAUCGGCAAGCCACUAUGAAAAGUCACAUCACCACGGAUUCUAUUGACUCACCUACGGCUCCAACCAGAGUUCCCCAAACCUUGAAGAGUUAUCGAUAUGAAACGCAGGGAAAUCUCUGGACAAGGGGAGGUCGUCCAAGGUGUAUUGGGAGGUUCUGCUGCUGCACCCUUCUGAUUGCUGUUUUUCUAAUAAUCAGCAUAAUCUUGUCCCUGCAUUGGUUAUGGAUUCGGCCCCCCAACGUCAGCAUCGGUGAACUUCAGACAAUGUCUUCCGGUGGUAGUGAGUUCGAACUCACCAACGACGGUGUCAACAUAAACCUUGGCAACAUCUCGGUUGACAAUCCGAAUUACUUUUCAGUCAAUCUGAAGAAAGUAACGGCCGAGUUGUUCUACCCUCUCAACAGCUCUAGCACUGGUACGGACAUUGGAGGUGGCACCUCCAGCAACAUCAAUUUCGCCUCGCACUCGCAGACCAAUUUUACCUUCCCGUUCGCGAUCGAAUACACCACGGCCGAUGACCCCAACAGCGCCAUCCUCGUAGAUCUCCUUGAGAAAUAUAACGGUGAGCCCAGCCUUUCUGCCGUACUGCAGUGCCUCAUAAUCGUUUUUCAGCUCGCCAUACGCAUUCUUAUAGUAACGGUUUCACCGGUCAUUUCCAACUCGUUCAGCUUUGCAUGUCCCUUAGACUCGUCAUCGCUUUCGGACCUAACUGUUUUUCAUCCAGGAUCUCAUGGGCAGUUCUGGCCUAAACCUGACCAGUAUCGCCGGAUAUUGGGAGGAUCUUAG